CCAAUUACUUACUUUUUCUAAAGAGUGCUUUUUUUUUUUUUGUUCAUGUUCAUCUAAACGAACAUUGUCUAGCUUCAAACCAAGCACCUACUUGGCAGGGAAAGAAAAGGUCACCAGUGUGCAGGUAGCACCCUGGAAAGCUCCUGAACUUUAAACCUGAGCAGACCUUUAUCUAGAGGGAUAAAAGGAGCAGUGGAAACUGGCAAUCUUCGACAGGCAGAACCCAGAGACCACGUUUGAAGUCUAUGUUGAAGUGGCCUAUCCGAGGACGGGUGGCACUCUUGCAGAUCCUGAGGUGCAGAGGCAAUUCCCGGAGGACUACAGUGACCAGCCUCACAGUGAGCCAAGUUGGCCAGAACUUCACGUUCGUGCUCACUGACAUUGACAGCAAACAGAGAUUCGGGUUCUGCCGCUUAUCUUCAGGAGCGAAGAGCUGCUUCUGUAUCUUAAGCUAUCUUCCCUGGUUCGAAGUAUUUUAUAAGCUGCUUAACAUCUUGGCGGAUUAUACAACAAAAGGCCAGGAGAAUCAGUGGAAUGAGCUUCUUGAAACUCUGCACAAACUUCCCAUUCCCGACCCAGGAGUGUCUGUUCAUCUCAGCGUGCAUUCUUAUUUUACUGUGCCUGAUACUAGAGAACUUCCCAGCAUACCCGAGAAUAGAAAUCUGACAGAAUAUUUUGUAGCCGUGGAUGUAAACAACAUGUUACAUCUGUAUGCCAGUAUGCUGUAUGAACGCCGGAUUCUCAUCGUCUGCAGCAAACUCAGUACUCUGACCGCCUGCAUCCAUGGGGCCGCCGCCAUGCUGUACCCCAUGUUCUGGCAACACGUGUACAUCCCCGUCCUGCCUCCACACCUGUUGGACUACUGCUGUGCUCCCAUGCCCUACCUCAUAGGAAUCCAUUUAAGUUUAAUGGAGAAAGUCAGAAACAUGGCCCUAGAUGAUGUCGUGAUCCUCAACGUGGACACCAACACCCUGGAAACUCCCUUUGAUGACCUUCAGAGCCUCCCAAAUGAUGUGAUCUCUUCUCUGAAGAACCGGCUAAAGAAGGUGUCCACAGCCACUGGCGAUGGCGUGGCCAGGGCCUUCCUCAAGGCCCAGGCGGCUUUCUUCGGCAGCUACCGAAAUGCUCUGAAAAUUGAGCCGGAGGAGCCAAUCACCUUCUGUGAGGAAGCCUUCGUGUCCCACUAUCGCUCGGGAGCCAUGAGGCAGUUCCUGCAGAAUGCCACCCAGCUACAGCUCUUCAAGCAGUUUAUAGAUGGUAGACUGGACCUUCUCAAUUCCGGCGAAGGUUUCAGUGACGUUUUCGAAGAGGAGAUCAGCAUGGGCGAGUACGCUGGCAGCGAUAAACUCUACCAUCAGUGGCUCUCCACAGUCCGGAAAGGAAGCGGAGCAAUUCUGAAUACCGUGAAAACGAAAGCGAACCCGGCCAUGAAGACGGUCUAUAAAUUUGCAAAAGAUCAUGCAAAAAUGGGAAUAAAAGAGGUGAAAAACCGCUUGAAGCAAAAGGACAUCACCGAGAAUGGCUGUGCCCCCACUGCGGAAGAGCAGCUGCCGAAGACCGUGCCGUCUCCGCUGGUGGAGGCCAAGGACGCGAAGCUCCGAGAAGACCGGAGGCCAAUCACAGUCCACUUCGGACAGGCCUGCGCCAGAGCAGCUCGGAAUCCAGCUCCCUGCCAGGAAGAUAUUGAGCCCAGCAGGACAAGAGCAGGAAAUCUGAUUCAGCGAGACCAGAGGAGGCAUUUUCUCAGAUUAGAAUUCUCUGUGCCAAAGCCACAAAGACUCCGUCCCACCCGCCCGCCGCCGCCCAAGAUACAGCGCUCGAGGCCCGUACGUCCGCCCCGUCCGCACGUCGUAAAGAGACCGAAAAGCAACAUCACAGUGGAAGGCCGGAGGACUUCUAUCUCAAGCCCUGAGCACCUGGUAAAGCCCUUGCGACACUAUGCGGUCUUCCUGUCCGAAGACUCCUCUGACGAUGAAUGCCAGCGGCAAGAGGGCCCGAGCUCUGGCUUCACCGAAAGCUUUUUCUUCUCCGCUCCCUUUGAAUGGCCUCAACCCUACCGGACGCUCAAGGAAUCAGACAGCGCGGAAGGUGACGAGGCAGAGAGCCCAGAGCAACGAGCGCGGAAGCCCACGAACCCUGCCCCGGCUCCGCCUGACCGGGCCGCCAGCAUCGACCUUCUGGAAGACGUCUUCAACAACCUGGACAUGGAGGUCCCACUGCAGCCACUGGGCCAGGCCAAGAGCUUGGAGGACCUUCGGACCCCCAAAGACCUGAGGGAGCAAACGGGAACCUUCGACUAUCAGAGGCUGGACCUGAGCAGGAGCGACAGGAGCCGUGGGAUGCCGCUGGCCUUGAAGCUCACCCACCCGUACAACAAGCUCUGGAGCCUGGGCCAGGAUGACAUGGCCAUCCCCAGCAAGCCCCCGGCCGCCUCCCCCGAGAAGCCCUCGGUCCUGCUUGGGAACUCCCUGGCUCUGCCCCGCAUGCUGCCGACCCGGGACAGCAUCCUGAACCCCAGUGACAAGGAGGAGGCACCCGCCCCCACUCCGGGCAGCAUCACCAUUCCCCGGCCCCAGGGCAGGAAGACCCCAGAGCUGGGCAUCGUGCCUCCACCCCCCACCGCCCGCCCAGCCAAACUUCAGGCUGCCAGCGCCGCGCUCGGGGACUUCUCCUCAGAGCGGCUACAGGCUGAGCAGGAAAGGCGAGCGCCCCGGAGCCCAGCCCCGUUCCCUGGGCUCCUCCCCAGUGCUACCCCACAAGGACCCACCGAACUGCUCCAGCCGCUCAGUCUGGCCCCCGGGGCCACGGGCUCGGGCAGUGACGCCCUGCUGGCCCUCCUGGACCCACUAAACACAGCCUGGUCAGGGAGCCCUCUUUCGCCGCGCCCUUCAGCCCCGAGUGUAGCCCCCUCAUUCACUUCCCAGUUCAGCUUCCCACCAGCGGGGACCCCCACCCCGUUUCCACAGCCAUCACUCAAUCCCUUUAUCUCCUCUGUGCCUGCGGCGCUGCCUGCCGUGCCCCUGGUCUCCACAGCGGCCGGGCCUUUUGGGGCCCCUCCUGCUUCCCUGGGGCCCGCUUUUGCCCCCAGCCUCCUGCUGUCCAGUUCUGGCUUCUGUGUCCCACACAGAUCUCAGCCCAACCUAUCUGCCCUGUCCAUGCCUAACCUCUUCGGCCAGAUGCCCUUGGGUGCCCCCGCCAGUCCCUUGCAGCCCCUGGGCCCCCCAAUGGUCGCCCCGUCAAGGAUCCGAACCUUGCCCCUGGCCCGCUCAAGCGCCAGGGCUGCCGAGGCCAAGCAGGGGCUGGCCCUGAGGCCCGGAGACCCCCCACUCCUCCCUCCCAGGCCCCCGCAGGGCCUGGAGCCAGCACCACAGCCCUCUGCUCCUCGGGAGGCCAAAGACCCCUUUGAGGAUUUGUUACGGAAGACCAGGCAAGAUGUGAGCCCGGCCCCGGCCCCUGCCCCGGCCCCGGCCCCGGCCCCGGGCUCCGUAGAGCAGCUCAGGAAGCAGUGGGAGACCUUCGAGUGAGCUGGUCGCUGGGAGAGGGCGAGCAGGGCCCCUGCGCUGCACUGCGGGCCACGUGCUCCCGGGCUAGCCGGCCCUGCUUCCCCUGCUGCUCUGUUUCUGCCCAGGUUCUACUGGUGGGAAGGGAUGGGACCCCUCUCUGCCGCCCCUCCUCCCCUGCACACCACCCAUCUCCGAGGUCUGGCUGCUAGAGAAUGGUGCCAGUUCUGGCCUGGGAAUGGGCCCAGCCCCUGGGCACCCCCCAACCCUGCCGCCACCCUUCCCCUGCACCCCGAUUAGGUUUUGCACUAAAGCGGUCAGCUGGGCAAAUGACUGUCCCAGACCCAGCCCCACCCGCCUUCCCCCUGGAAACCAGGAGCCCGAGGCUCCACAAGGCCUCUCCUCCCCAGCCCUGUUGGCCCACCGGCAGCCCGGCCUGCGCACCCCACCAAGACCAGCACAGGAGGCCACGUGGGAGCCUCGCGUGAGCGUGUCUGCACCAGACUCGUGUGGUUUGGGAGUUGGAAGUAAGGAGAAUCAGCCUUAGGACGGGGCAUUUCCAAACCCUCUAGCAAUACGCACACUUGUUCUCUCGUCAGUCUUCACCCCAGCCCUCAACCUUCAGUUCUUUCUGGCUUGGUAGGGAUUUGGGGCUGAGGGGUCCUUGGGAACCCUCUUGAGAGCCAAACACAGCCGGGCAGCCGGCCCUGGCUGGGGGCUGGGGGCUGGAGGCUGGGAGCACCAGCAACUCGGAUUUGUAGGAGAAAAAACAGCAGCAGGUAAAUCGAGUGCACUAGGAGGAGGCAGGCCGCCGUCCUGUACUCUCCCUCUGGCCGCUGGGGUUUCUCCAGCUCUCCAGUGUUGAUCAGAUGGGGCUCUGCCUCUUGUGCCUGGGACUGUGGGGGGCAGAGCUGAGAAGCAGGCACCCAGAUUGCAACUGGGAAGACAAGCUUCAUGCCACAGGCUGAUGCAGGAGGCCCAGCCGCCCAGGCUCCCUGAGUCAGGAAUGGCCAGGGGGCACUGAGCCGUUCUCCAGGCCCUGGUAGGGCAGACAGACGGCUUCUUGCGCAGUUAGAGACAGAAGGGCCAGGAGCCACCCCCUCCCCCGCCCACGUAGCAUAGAAAUUCCUGAGGCCACCGUCACCAAAGCUCAGUUGAAAUGUUUUGUUAUUGUUUCUUUUAUCUAUCUUUUCCUUUUUACUUUAUUGAUUUGAUGAAUCUUAAAAUUGACUAGUUUCAAUAAACCGAGUUAAAAUACAGCCCAA